CCGGGACCUCCUCCUCCUCCUCCUCCUCUUUCUCCUGAGAAACUUCGCCCCGGCGGUGCCGAGCGCCCGCUGCGCAGCCGGGAAGAGUCGCCCGCGAGGCGGUGGGCAGCGGGUGGCGGCGGCCGGUUUACCCCACCGCUCUCGGCGGAGCUUCGCGCCCGCCGCGCCAUGGCCAGGAGACCCCGGCACAGUAUAUACAGUAGUGAUGAAGAUGAUGAAGACCUUGAGAUGUGUGAUCAUGACUAUGAUGGGCUGCUUCCUAAGUCUGGAAAGCGUCACUUGGGGAAAACUAGGUGGACCAGGGAAGAGGAUGAAAAACUAAAGAAGCUCGUGGAACAAAAUGGAACAGAUGACUGGAAAGUUAUUGCCAAUUAUCUCCCGAAUCGGACAGAUGUGCAGUGCCAACAUCGCUGGCAGAAAGUUCUAAACCCUGAGCUCAUCAAGGGUCCAUGGACCAAAGAAGAAGAUCAAAGAGUGAUAGAGCUUGUACAGAAAUACGGUCCAAAACGGUGGUCUGUUAUUGCCAAGCACUUAAAGGGGAGAAUUGGAAAACAAUGUAGGGAAAGGUGGCAUAACCAUUUGAAUCCAGAAGUUAAGAAAACCUCCUGGACAGAAGAGGAAGACAGAAUUAUUUACCAGGCACACAAGAGACUGGGGAACAGAUGGGCGGAAAUCGCAAAACUACUGCCUGGACGAACUGAUAAUGCUAUCAAGAACCACUGGAAUUCUACAAUGCGUCGGAAGGUGGAACAGGAAGGUUACCUGCAGGAGUCUUCAAAAGCCAGUCAACCACCAGCGGCUACCAGUUUCCAGAAGAACAGUCAUUUGAUGGGUUUUUCCCAUGCCUCACCUUCAUCUCAACUCCCUCUCGCCGGCCAGCCCUCAGUUAAUAAUGACUAUUCCUAUUACCACAUUUCUGAAGCACAAAAUGUCUCCAGCCAUGUUCCAUAUCCUGUAGCGUUACAUGUAAAUAUAGUCAAUGUCCCUCAGCCAGCUGCUGCAGCCAUUCAGAGACACUAUAAUGAUGAAGACCCUGAGAAAGAGAAGAGAAUAAAGGAAUUAGAGUUGCUCCUAAUGUCUACUGAGAAUGAGCUGAAAGGACAACAGGCAUUACCAACACAGAACCACACAUGCAGCUACCCCGGGUGGCAGAGCACCUCCAUUGCCGACCACAGCAGACCUCAUGGAGACAGUGCACCUGUUUCCUGUUUGGGAGAACACCACUCCACUCCAUCUCUGCCAGUGGAUCCUGGUUCCCUGCCUGAAGAAAGUGCCUCACCUGCAAGGUGCAUGAUCGUCCACCAGGGCACCAUUCUGGAUAAUGUUAAGAACCUCUUAGAAUUUGCAGAAACACUCCAAUUUAUAGAUUCUUUCUUAAACACUCCCAGCACCCAUGAAAACUUAGACAUGGAAAUGCCUUCUUUAACCUCCACCCCUCUCAAUGGUCACAAAUUGACUGUUACAACACCAUUUCAUAGAGACCAGACUGUGAAAACUCACAAGGAAAAUACCAUUUUCAGAACUCCAACUAUCAAAAGGUCAAUCCUAGAAAGCUCUCCAAGAACUCCUACACCAUUUAAACAUGCUCUCGCAGCUCAAGAAAUUAAAUAUGGUCCCUUGAAGAUGCUACCUCAGACACCCUCUCAUCUAGUGGAAGAUCUACAGGAUGUGAUCAAACAGGAAUCCGACGAAUCUGGAAUUGUUACUGAAUUUCCAGAGAAUGGACCACCCUUACUUAAGAAGAUCAAACAAGAGGUGGAAUCGCCAACUGAUAAAGUGGGCAAUUUCUUCUGCUCAAACCACUGGGAAGGGGACAGUCUACACACUCAGCUGUUUACCCAGGCGACACCUGUGGAAGAUGCCCCAAAUAUUCUUACAAGCUCUGUUUUAAUGACACCAGUAUCAGAAGAUGAAGACAAUGUUCUCAAAGCAUUCACAGUACCUAAAAACAGGUCUCUGUUGAGUCCUUUGCAGCCUUGCAGUGGUUCCUGGGAACCUGCAUCUUGUGGGAAGACAGAGGACCAAAUGACUGCUUCCGGUCAGGCUCGCAAAUAUGUGAAUGCGUUCUCAGCCCGGACUCUGGUCAUGUGAGAUGUUUCCAGAAAAAGCAUUAUGGUUUUCAGAACACUUCAAGUUGACUUUGCAUUCCUCGACAUGAAACUUUUCAUGAUUGGGAGAAGAACCUAUUUUUGUUGUGGUACAACAGUUGCGAGCAGCACCAAGUGCGUCUAGUUGGAUGGAAUCCUACUGCAUUUCACUCAACUAAAGGGAUUUAAAAAUAAAUGAAUAACAAUCUUACCUAAAUUAUUAGGUAAUGAAUUGUAACCAGUUGUUAAUAUCUUAAUGCAGAUUUUUUAAAACAUAAAAUGAUUUAUCUGUAUUUUAGAGAAUUCAAUAGAUCAGUAUUUUUACCUGUGAUGAGUUUUUAAAAUUUUAAACAGAAAGGUACUCCAGUAUUUCACUUUUCUCAAUCACUAACCAUACUUGUAGAAGUUUUUUUAAAAAAAAAUCAGUAAAAGCAUUACUAUAAAUGUUGGCUAAAUACCAUGAGACAAUUAAUGGAGAUGGUAAAUGUUCAUUUGUGGUUAAUUACAUUUGGAGGUACAUUUAUUGUACUAAACCAUUUUAUGAGGGUUUUUUAUAGCUUGCUUUAAAAUUAUUACUGUAUGAAAUAGUUUUAUACAAAAAUAUAUUUUUAUUCAGUAAUUUAAUUUUGUAAAUGCCAAAUGAAAAAAAAAUGUGUUUUGCUGCUAUGGUUCUUAGCCUGUAGACAUGCUGCUAGUAUCAAAGGGGUAGUAGAGCUUGAUUGGAAAGAAAAGACACUUGGUGUUAGGUAAUUGACUAUGCACUAGUAUUCAGACUUCAGACUUUUCUAUUUAUAUAUAUACAUAUAUACACAUAUAUAUGUAUAUAUAUAUAUAUAUGCUUUUUUCCUUUUGUAAUACAUUUGGAAAACUUGUUUGGGAGAUUUUGAAUUUUUGUUACUUGUUUUUUUUUAUUUUUGUUAUUGUUGGUUUAUGAAAGCAUGCAUUGCACUUCUUUUUUUUUCCUUGGGAGAUCUAUGUUGUUAAUGUCCUAUGUGUUGUUUUGAGUUCAGCCUCAUUGUUCAGGGGCUCUGAGUUCCAUCAGCUUCCCCUACAGCUUCUACAUGUACGGUCAUAGAACUGCCUCACGGAUUCUGUGUUCUCAGCUGUGGAGACAAUGACAGAGGUCAAUAGCCAGUUGCUGCCUUAAGAACAUUUGUGGAAGAUGACUGGCUCUGAACUUUUGAUAUGACAGUGUAUUUACUACUUACUGCCUUGUCGCAAAAUAAAGCUGUGCCCUUAUUUUA